CCAACCCGACCCCGCGAACUCAUCGAAGUCAUCUGUCCAGCUACUUCGACAAAUCGCAAUCAUGGCUGACGAGAACUACAACGCCGAGGAGGCUGCCGAGCUCAAGAAGAAGAGAGCCUUCCGCAAGUUCUCUUACCGAGGAGUCGACCUUGACCAGCUCCUCGACCUCUCAUCUGAAGAGCUCCGUGAUCUUGUCCACGCCCGUGCCCGCCGUCGGUUCAACCGUGGUCUUAAGCGCAAGCCCAUGGGCCUCAUCAAGAAGCUCCGCAAGGCCAAGCAGGAGGCCAAGCCCAACGAGAAGCCCGACCUCGUCAAGACCCACCUCCGUGACAUGAUUGUCGUCCCCGAGAUGAUCGGCAGCGUUGUCGGUAUCUACUCCGGAAAGGAGUUCAACCAGGUUGAGAUCAAGCCUGAAAUGGUUGGCCACUACCUUGCUGAAUUCUCCAUCUCAUACAAGCCCGUCAAGCACGGAAGGCCGGGUAUCGGUGCCACUCACUCUUCCCGUUUCAUUCCUCUCAAGUAAUUGCUCUGGGUCCUCGGUUGCAUGGGUUCUUUGGGGCGGAGAAAAUGUACUUCAUGACCUACAAAUGAAUAUGGGUGUUAGGUGCAUACAACAAAAAAGAAUGCGUGCCAUACCACUUUCACCCGAAUUUUGCGCUUUGUUUAUGUGAAAGCGCAGGAACCGCAAGUGCGGGCAUGAAGAACUGGAUGUAGAUUGAAUUGACUACAUCAUUGAUUCACAAGAUAUCAUUUCCUUACUUGGUUACUUAUGUGACAUUGCCGUCUCGCUUUACCUCUAUGAUAUGAACAUCCCUCUACUACAUAUCCCAUACCCAAGUAUAUUUUCUCACACGCAUGAUAUGUUAUUGUAUUGAAUUGAUACCAAUGAAGUUUGAUUCAUAUCUUUUGUAUAUCU